AUGAUCCAUAAUAUUGUCAUUGAACAAAAAGAAGCUUCAAGAAUUUCAUUCGUGUUUAUUGAUUGUUCAUUAUUGAAUAAUCAAUCUAUUAUUCGGAUUACAGAUCAUUUUGCAGAAAAAUUCAAUGCGGGAAUUGCAAAUUAUGCAUAUAAAUGGAAAUAUUGUCGUCAAAUGCUUCAGCUUCUGAGAGAUACUGGUGGGUUGCCACGCGCACUUCAACGACUCUUUAUCGUCUGCUUUGGAGCAGAUGGUAAACAGGGGAGAAAAUUUUUUGAGAAACUUGAAAAAAAAGAUAUUAAGUUUGUAGACAAUUUCAUCAAAGUCAAGAACAGUCUUGAUAAACAGUAUGGCAUAAAAGACUAUGUUGAAAAUAACAGAAAUGUUGCUAUGAAGCUCAUAUAUUUUUGCAUUGAAGGUAUUGCCAUUGACCCUAAUAAAUGUUUGGAUGAUAAUAAUCCAGCUCUUACAAUCAGAAGCCUAGAACGUAAUAAAAAUAUUAUUCUCUCAUCUGUUGAACAAUCUGACGGAUGCAAUUUGUUCCUUAUUAAUAUGCCCUUCUAUUUUAUCUGUUUAUAUAAUGACGUUCUGUGUAUUGUUAAACCUACACUUGUUCACUUGUUCUAUGAUAAACGCAUAUAUUGGAAAGAAUGGAAGGUGUUUGUG